AUAUGCUAGAGAAAAAUGUGUCGUUCAAAGAGGCUGGUAGAGUUUCCAGGUAUAUCGGAAAGGCAUACCAGAUGUUCUUUGCCUCGUUGAACUGCCCUAUUGAGGUAGUGGAACAGGAGAUGGAAGAGCAUCGUCACCUAGCUUUCAGAUCCCAAGUAACAAAGAUCCUAAUUAAGCAUCUUAAAAUGAAGCCAGACACCACAUUCGCUGAGGUAGCCGAUGCAAUGACACAACAUGGAAUGAAGACUUCAGCACUUCCAAGAAUAUUUGACUGCAACAGAGAUACAACGUGUAACGUUUCAGAGGAAAUAUUGCCGGGGAGCCGUUUACAAAGAAACUUGUCUGUAAGUGAUGUUUCAAUCAUUGCUCAACAUUUGGAUAGUAAAGCUUACCCCAACUUGUUCAUGGAGCUUGGUUUCUCACCACAAACUAUUGACAAAUUUGACGUCGAUUUUAAAAACAAACAAAUUGGCGUACAGAUUUGUGCAAUGCUGGAGGAAUUCAUUAAACAUACAAACUCCUGUCCAACUGUGAACACAGUUCUCCUCGCUAUGCAGGAAUGCAACAUGGACUCCGCCUCCCUCAUCAAAGCAAUGACUCCAACAAAGACCACUGGAGUAACCGUAUGUUACCAAAGGAAUAGUGUUCUACCGCUAAAGGCAUGUGAUGUGUGAACUUCUGUCUCAAUACCGCGCAGAAAGAUAUUUGCCUUUACUGGAGACAUUGGAAGAUCGGUAGGAGUAUCUGUCCUAGGUUUACGCUUGACGCGAUGUAGCUAGAAUGUAAAAAGGUAUUAUAACACAGAUGUAUCUACAGAUUGUGUUAUCAAUUACGACCUUUCAACUGACCAGAAAGUAUCAGAAAACAAGUAACACAUAUAUAUGCAAACUUCUUCUAACAUAGCUAGGGUAUGAAUUGUGUUGUAACAUGGAUGUAUGUACAGACAUUGAACCAUGGGUAUAAAUUGUGUUAUACCAGGACUGUAUAUACACAAAAUGCAGUAUGGGUACACAUUUUAUUAUAACAAGUAUGUUACUAAAUUUAAAAUUGCAGAAAUUGUAUGAAAUGUAAGAAAUACCUUACAGAUGUUAUGAAUCACUAUAAUAAUUUGAAUGUUACUUCAAUAUUGAUUAUGCAUUUAGAUAUAAUGUGUUUGUGUUGACAUCAUCCCUGAAUAAGAAAACUGCUGUUACUCGGAAUGUUAUCGAUGAGCUCAUGAUUAAAGAUUUGUUGGCUGGUUUGCACUUCCGGUAACUUUCGCCAAAACACAACGGAUCAAUGUUUCAGGUUAUUUUGUAACACAUAUAACAAUCUAAAUAUCAUCAUAUGUAACAUAUAGCAGGCC